UCAGGCUGUGUGUGCAACAUGUAUUUGUGUCCUCUCGGCUCCAUUGAAAGUCAUGGCGGGUCCUGACCUGAUACAAACUCUUCUGUACACCGUCAACAACCUCCUGCAGCAGGAGAAAUAUAAAGCUGCACUGGCGGUUUUAAAAGGAUUCAGAAACGGCGCCGUAUAUGGAGCCAAAAUCAGAGCACCACAUGCCCUGGUAAUGACAUUCCUGUUCAGAAGUGGCAGUUUGAAGGACAAGCUCAGAGCCAUUUUGAAGGCCACAUACACCCACUCCCGCAACCUGGCAUGCUUUGUGUUCACAUACAAAGGGCUGCAAGCCUUGCAGGAGAAAGUCCAGGGAAAGACUUUGCAGUCUCACUCCUUUCUCGCUGCCUGUGUUGGAGGAUGGUUAGUGUUUGGAGACAACAACAACAUCAAUAGUCAGAUCAACAUGUACUUGCUGUCCAGGAUCCUGUUCGCUCUUUCACGGCUGGCUGUAGAGAAAGGAUUUAUCCCCCAGCCUAAACACGACCCUUUCCCGCUUUUCGCCACGCUGGUGUGGGGCGUUGUCUUGUGGCUGUUUGAAUAUUACCCACACACCCUCCAGCCCUCCCUGCAGUCCUCAAUGAACUAUCUCUACCACGACAGCAAUGUGUGGCACGACAUCUCAGACUUCCUUGUUUAUAAUAAGCCAAGGACUGCUGCUCAGAAAUGAAGCCUUAGGUUUUUUUUUACCAAUAUGGACCAGCCCUUAUAGUACAAUAAUUGCAUUUUUUAAAAUAAUUAUUGAUAUAACAUUGCCUUUUUAGAUUUCUAGAUACAAGUUUGUAUCAUAUAGUUUUUUUUAAUUGUUUGAUUCAUUGAUAAUGCUAAUUGCUAAUUUGUGUUUGUUUGACACCAGAUUUCCACCUGAAGAGAUACACCAGUAUAUUUAUAUGUCCAGUAUGAUUUCCCUGCUGAUAUUUGGGUGAUUGUGCAAUUGUCUGAUUUUAAUUCCCAAGAAAUGUGUCAAUAAACUACAAGUUGCCACAGAAUAAAAGACAAAAAAAAGAUGUUUAAUUCAAAACAGACUGAAAUGCUGUAGUGAACCGGUUCUUUACACAAAAAUGCCAAUAUAUGAUUAUCUACUAAUUUGGUUUCAAAAUGUAGCAGUGCUCAUCCACAAGGUUUUUCUUUAGUGCACAUUAAUAAAAACUAAAGUAGUGACACCUUUAUAUUUAAAAGAUAGCAGCUGUUGAUGUUUUUGAGUUACAAGGAGCGAUUCAAGUGUACUAUGGAGUGUGCAGCAAGGCAAAGCAGUAUGAUGACUCCCAUUGUGUCCGUCUGUUAUUACUAAUCUUCUGAACUCCUCUCUGCAGGACCUGGAAGCUUUUGUUAAUUUACUAAUGUUUAUGUUUGUUUAAAAGCCAAAGAGGUGUGCCAUUAUUAUAUUAUUGAAUGAGGGCUGAAUAAAAAAUCCUGUUUGA